AUGAAGAACACCAAGAACCACCAACCUGGAUUGACAGGGCAAGGCAAAGGCAAAGAAGAUAUACAUAGAACAUUGUCAUUUUUCUCAACAUAUUUUUUCUUCCUGGAAACUCAAUUUCUUGCCGGUAUAUAUAGGAGCUCAAAGGCGGUCGUGUGCCUGACGCAAAGCCUUCACUCUGCUGCACUUGAGAGGAGGCUGCUCCGCAUCCCCAAGGGGUCAGAAGGGGGAACCAAUUUGGCUGGGCUCUUGCAACAGUGCAACUCCCACAGCGCCAGCUUCACCCCCGGGGGAUCCAGGAUGUCUCCCAAGACCGAUUGCUCUCCUGGUGCCCAGGUGAACAGCGAGGGGGAUCAGUACUAUGGUGUGUCUGACGAUGAAGGCUCCGCUUCCUCCCUUGGCACUGGCAGCCUGCCUUCCUCUCCCAACCCUUCCCUGACUCGGCUGCAGGCAGGAGGCUGCCCUGCAGACGAGGGGCCCGGGAGAGCCCCCCCUCCGGAGUGCCCGCAGAAGAAACAGAAGGCCAGAAGGGGACGCACAAAAGCCAAAAGCGAAGUGGUGCUGACGAAGCAGAAGAGGAACCGCAGGAUGAAAGCCAACGACAGGGAGAGGAACCGCAUGCACAACCUCAACUCCGCCCUGGAUGCUCUUCGCAGCGUCCUCCCCACCUUCCCCGACGACGCCAAGCUCACCAAGAUUGAGACGCUGAGGUUUGCCCAUAACUACAUCUGGGCACUGACCGAAACCCUGCGGAUGGCCGACCACAGCCUCCUGAGCGUGGGGCAGCAGGAGCUGGCCAGGGAGCCUUUCCGGCAGCCCCCUAGCACCGCUUGCCUGCUGGAGCUGACCAGUCCCGGCAGCAUCUCGCCUUGUGAAUGGGACUCGCUGUACUCUCCAGUCUCCCAGGCUGGCAGCCUGAGCCCCACUGACUCCCUGGAGGAAGGGCGCUCUUACCAGGCUGCGGACACCGCGGCCUGCCCCAGGCACAGCCCUCAUGCCUUCCCAGAGUUUGUCUGA